AUGAAAAACGUCCAGUUCGAGCAAACUCGGAAAGCGCUUCAAUCAAAGCAAAGGGAUCUAAAACGGAAAGGCAUGGGUAACAAGCCUAAUGCUUCUGCUGCUUUAAGUGAGGAAGAUAUUCAAGUUCUGUUUGAGAAGGAUCUCUUGGGAAGUUCCACGGCGGAAGCGCUUUUAAACACGGUAUUGUUCAACAACAUAAUCCAUUUCGGGUUACUAGGCUGCAAGGAGCACAGACAAAUGUGUUGGGGAGACGUACAACUUUGUCGAAACUUCCACAGGGCAGGAGUACCUCGAAUUCAAUGAAAGAGAAACCAAAACUCGUUCAAGAAACGAUCCACGGAAUGUAAGAGCCAUUGCACUGAAAAUGUUUGCUGUGCCGAACAACCCGAAAUGUCCAGUAAAUGCUUACAAAGUCUACGCAGAAAGCGACCCGUGGAAAUGAAAACUGACGAUGCACCGUUUUACUUUGGCAGUAUAUAAUGUAAAAUCUUGAAACAACGACGUGCUGCCAACUGAUAUUAUGCAACUGUCAGGACGCAAAAACGUUCAAAGUAUCACUCGGUACUCUACCGUCUCACAGAAACAACAGUUGAAUAUGAGUCCCACUCUCACUGGAAUGAGUUCGGGAGAAAUAGCUCCCCAGUCUGGCCCUUUUAUUCCGGAGAAAAGAAAGCAUGAGUUUGACGAACUCACUUAUCCAACAUUUCGUCCGACUUUUUCUCAGCAAAGCAAGCAAGCAGCACAGCAGACCCUUUCUCUUUUUUGGGGUGCUAUUAUAAGCGAAGGACAUAUAGGUGUGGCAAUAAACACUUUAAAUCAAUCGCCCACACUUUCAGUUUGAGAGGAAAACCCUAGCAGAACUUAUAAAAGAAUCAAACCUCUUGAUUCGGAUUCUUACUUGUGUUUGUCGAUUCAAGCAUGCGGGUUCUGAUAAGCAACAAAAAUAAAGUCUCGGGUUUCUCGACAUAUUUUCAGGAUGCCUUAUUUUAUUCUAACUAGCUCUGCCUUUUAACGGCAUUUUUGCUCGAUAAUUUAAAUGUAAAGUAUUUUACAAGGAAGCCAUUUCAGUGCAACUCUCGAACUGUGAGGCGGCUUGACCUUUGAAAGAAAAUAAAGAUGUGUUUAUCUUUGAGUUCUGUUCGCUUAUGAAUCCAGGUAGGUAUAUGAUAAAUAGGUUAUUUCACGGUUAUUUCACUUGUACGAAUUUUAUUCACUCCUUGUCAAUAAAAAUCGUACGCGCUCACCAACCGUGAAACAACCAACAAUUGUACGCCGAUCUUGGCAUCUUACGAGCUCUUCGUCUUAAGCACUGCGGUCUAUACCUUGCGCAACGCAAAUUUAACGCGAGGAUAAUUAAAAUUAACAUGGUCGAAGGUACUAACGAGUCUUUUUUAGCUUGCAAACUCAGCGAACUUAAAAUUUCAAAAUCCUCUGGACCCUGUGCGUGUAUUCACUUGCUUUUGGUUUCCAUAGCUAGGUCAUUUACACUACAUGUUUACACGUGCAAAAGGAAUAAGCAAACGCUUCGUAGUUGUUCAUUAUCAAGUUUGAAAAUGCAUUUACAAAUUCUUAAAGUUCUCAUACUUUCUAACCGGUGGAAAAGAUUUAAAAUCCCUGGCGGAAGAUUAUUUUUGGCGCCAGACCAGUAGAAGAGGAAGAUGAUCAACUGGAGGACUGCGGUUCUGACAGCAGCGAUGAACCUAAUCAGGAAAUUGACUCAGAUGAUCACUUUGACUUGUCAAAUUGUAAUACAUUGGAGCGAUAGAAAGUGCAGGCAUUUGCAGCCAAAACAUGUGGAUGUGCACUUGGAGAUAACGGAGAUCCAUGCAGCCCUACUAUCAAAAUUGAAGUCAUCUUCGAUUGCCGAAACAACCUUGCGGAACUUUCCUCGACUGAACUCAAUCUGGUAAUUUUGGCAAUGAUCCACUGUGCCAUAAACUGUGACCAGGUCAGCGACUCCGGAGGAGCAGAGACAAUGAGGCAGCGAACCAGGAUUCCUUUCCAUUUUCACAGCCACCGAGUCUGCCUGAAAACUUUUCUUUUCAUGCAUCGUCUCCACAAGACCGGAUUCUACAGUUGCGUUAAACAUUAUCGGAUUAGGGGAUUAUACAUACGUACAUAUACUUAAUGUAUGCUCGAAAUUCACAGUGUAGCUGUAGAGCUAUUAUCUUCGAGAAAAUAAGCUAAAAUAAAAUUUAAAAAAUAUGCUAUAUUACAAUUCCAAUAUUACUUAUAAACUAUGUACAACGACUAUCGCUUCGUACUCACGGCAACAAGUUUUGACGUCUACCUAGCGCUGCUUUCAGCGCUGAAACUAUUCAACGGGUGGUAAAGAUCUUCAUGAACCUUGCCGAAGACCAAUUUUUUUUUUUACUUGAGGAAAUGUUCCUGGCUUCAAAAGAACUGACAUGAAACUGCUGCCAACCUCCAUGACAAGAUCUCGUCUUUGGAAAAGCUACCAAGGUGCGUAGAGACUAGCAAGGCGAGCGUUCAGUGUCACAUAAGUACUCCACAAUCUAAGGCUAAUGCAUCAUUACAAAACGACCACUACGACGUGACUACCGAGCUCCGAAAGCAGAUAUUGAACCUGACAGAAGUAGUUAAGCAGUUGACGGAACGGAGGUGUCUCCAUCACCAUGAGCCGGGGCCUGCUUCUUUGCCGUUACUAGAUGAUGAUUCGGACUUCCCAACAUUGGAUUCCGAAGCAGUCGCAUCUCUUGUGAGUUUUAAUGGCAGCCCCACUGUCCAGACUUACCAAGAAACAGCCACAUCCAGUAAAGAACCUACUGAGUCUUAGCGUUCCGUCCUGCGUACACUUCGUCAAAUCCGCUAAGAAAGCCUGUCGCCCGUGUUUCCUGCCCAGAUUGUUCCAACGAGAUCACCUCUGCAGCCUGUUGACUAGAGCUUCACCCAUUAGUGUCACGCAGCCACCGUCCAACGGAUGCGCAGCAAAACAAAGUAAAUACAAUUGUACCGAAGGGAACUGAUGUCUACUGCCGCCCUUGCUUUUGUUGAUGUUCUCUUUACGGACGACGAGAUGGCAAGGUACAACACGUCAGGAACUGAGGAUUUCACCGGUUGGACAGCGGUGUCCGUUUUACAAAGAAAUUUGACCCGCGAUUUUUUAGUGAACAAUGGAAUCAGAUAGCCGCUCGCAUUAAUACGAAAUGUUGAGGAGAGAGGAGGACUCUUAUUCAUAGACUUAAGAAAACUAGUUUGUUUUGAAAACACAAAGAUGGCACAAUUAGUCUAUCAUUUCCCACAAAAAAUUAUGAAUAGGUGAAUUGAACAGAAUUAGCCAUUGUUCAAAAAAACUGCUUUCUAAGUUAUUUUAAAUUCGGCUAAUUUUAGCAUAUAAACUUUACUUAUUAUGGGGAGCCUAAAGAAGGCAUAAAACGCAGACUAGAAAAUCAUCCAUCUGCCCAGAAUAAUGCAUUUACAGACAGGUUAGGUGGCGACAGUCAAAGGAAUAAGGUUUGGCAAAUAGACUGUCAGUUACUAAAAAAAAAAGUAUAUUAGAUAUUUAAUAAUUUUAUUCUCUCUUUCUGUUUUUACAGUAAUCUUAUAACCAUGCUUUUGUCUUUUAAAUCUGGAAGCUCAGUAGAUUCUGUCAUAUCGGUCAUUGUUAAAACUGUCUUUGUUUUGAUGCUACUAUUCGACAUGGAAAAAGUUUGUCGGACAAAAGUAGUCACCAAAACCUAAAUAUUUCUUUGCCAGCUUCAGUAAUGACAAGGGAUUAAGUUUAGAUGAUAAAAGAAAGGAUUAUGUUGACAGAAAUACCGGAGGUCAAGUAAAUUCGUCACACAACUCGGGUAAUAUUCACGGUGUAAAUUUGCAUAUUUGCAAUAUUUUUAUUUGCAUAUUUUAAAAAAUUCAAACUAAAAAAAUUAUUUCUCGAAAACUAAAACAUAUUUUCACAAAAAAACAUACACCAAAACUAUUAGGACAUAUUGGGCUACCAAACAUGAAAGUAGGAGUGAAAUCAACUUUUGGUGACUUGCCGCUGUUUGUCUGAUGCACCUUGACACUAGCUCUUAAUUUUCUUUAAAUUGAGCUGCCAAGUUCAAGCGGUUACCGGUUACCUCGCCACCAGGGAGACUCGCCACCAGCGAACUCACCACCAAGGAACGAUCUCGCCACCAACGUACUCGCCACCAAGCGAAGUCUUCUCGCCACCAACCACCAAUAAAGAGAUAAACUAGAAUAAAGUAGUCGAGGAGAGUAGGAUGUUCGAACGAGCACAAUUCAAAUCGGCCGAUACGUUUGUGCGCUUGCCUGUAUUUAAAUUAUGACCUUCAGCGACGUGGUAGAUGUGUUCCGUUCCUAACUCAUUGACAUCAAAACGUAUCGUGUUUGUCUUUUGCACGUAAGCGAGGAGAAAUUGCAAAAUUCGAUGCGAGGAAUACAAACUUACUUCGGUUUCGAACGUGUUAUCGACAACAUACAAUUUAUAAAGUUUGAGUACAGACAAGCGAACAAACUUAUCGGUUUCGAACGUGCUUUCGACAACAUACGUUUAUAAAGUUUGAGUACAGACAAGCGAACAAACUUAUCAGCCGAACAUCCUACUCUCCUCGACUAAUCUCUUUAUUGGUGGUUGGUGGCGAGAAGACUUCGCUUGGUGGCGAGUACGUUGGUGGCGAGAUCGUUCCUUGGUGGCGAGUUCGCUGGUGGCGAGUCUGCUUGGUGGCGAGGUAACUGGAUACCGUUCAAGCACCGAAAAAUUUGCAAACCAGUUGCGUUUCGAGGCUGUCGAUAGAAUAUCUGCGGCAAAAAAUAAAAAAAAAGGCCAACAUCGUUUUUUUCCUUCACUGUUCUAGCAACGUUCGGACCAAAUCUCGCAGAUUCCGUCAAUUCUAUAUUUGAACAGCAGAGAGCUUUUUCUGUGUUUAUAUAUCAUCAUCUAAACACUAAGAAAAGCUGGGAGGAUUAAAGAAAGGUAUGCAAACGUUAGACACAAUUAAGGCUUUGCAUAGCUUUAGAAAGUAUCAAAAAAAAUUAUUGCCUAUUCAUGUUACUUGUUUAUUUUCUGUAACGAACUUAUCCAAGAUUUAGAAUCAGGCGCGAGUGGACGAACUCCCUUCUCCUGGCAUGGAAGAUGUAACCCUCCAGUGACUACCUAACCUUCCUCCCCGCCCCUUCCUUCCACCUUAAUGCUCGGAGGCUAAUUAGUCUUAGAACUAAUGGCCUGAGUGGAUACAUCAUAAAUUUUGUCUGAUUGAUGACUAAAAAGCCUAGCCUUAGCUAUUGAUAUUUUUUAAAACAAUAAUACACUUUGUGACUUUGGUGAAUAUGUUUGAUCCUUGCAUUGUUGUAACUGUUACAAUUAUCCUUCUAAGUCUUUCGUUUUCCCUGCUCAUCGUCCCUGUACAUUGCCCGCAUGAUUAAAAUUAGAGAGAAGAGUCUUCACUUUUGACUUACAGCUCUGUUAAUUCGAUAUUGUUCAUAAAUAUGUCUUUUGGCAAAUUCUCCAACUGGUUGUUAUCCAAGUACCUGUCAACAAAUGACGAUAGUUAGUGUUCAGGCGCAUUACUGAUAUAAACGUAUUAUCAUUAUCAUCAAUAUCUUCAAGUGACAAGAAAUGUUUUUGGUAAGAGCCCAUGUUGCUCAUAGUACAGCAAAGUAUUUAUAUUUUCAGGUAAAUCUGUCAACUCCAUUAUUAAGUUUCGCAUAUCAGGCGCGACUGUCUUCCAAGACAUCCAUCCAUAAGUAACACAUUCGUCAAUCUAUUAUUUUCCACAGAAAAGAUUUCAAUGUCGGCAUGGGAAACAACAUGAUAUUCGAGUUUCUUAAAUGGGUUUUUCCUUACCAUUAUAAAAUGAGGGGAAAAUACAAACAAUAGUUUAUGCAAAGAGCAUUUGAAAUAGCUUAGACAAUUUUCGUAAUUUUGCCCUUUUUGUGAUUGAACUCGAAAAUGUCAAUCACAAGUUCCCUGUGAUGUAUGUAGCGAACAAUUUUUCCUGAACCGAGCGAUUUGAUAAGAUUUCCUUGUUCAAGUGUUGGUUCAGCCUUACCAAAAGCGGUAGUCCAUAAAAAAGAAGCCAGAUCGAAAAGCUGCGAACAGACAGGCCCACUGAUUUGGCUCAAAUUUUGCAUACAAACCUGGUUAGGGGUUUUGAUCGUGAAAGAGAUAUUUUAGGAUUGAAAUCUAUUUUUAUAAAAAAUUACGGCUCAAGGCUAUUUGGAGACCCUCAUGAACAUGGAAACGAGGCUGGUUAAGAGAAACUUUUCAAUGCCUGGGCUUCCUUUGCUUUCUCAUUUUUGUGUCUUCUUUAUUAUUAUCAUUAUUAUUUCUAUCAUAAAACAAGUGUGAAAUUCUUCCUCUUUGGUUUGAAUAUUAAAUUUUUAUUCAUAAUAACUAGAAUAAGAGAGAGAAGUAUGUAAAUUCAAAAAUAUAUUGUGAUUUCAGUUUAAUUUUUUUAGCAGAGCGAGUUCAUUUUCGAAAAUUACAAACAACAUCGCACGAAAAGCGGACUUAACUAUAUAUCUAAUUUACUUAUUUUUGACGCUUGUGUUCGGCACUUUGAAGCUUCUUAAUGCUUGUUGAUACCAUAAAACAGCAUUUAGAAGAGAAAAUUCUCAAUCCCAUCCGCAGAAAGUUGACUCUUCGUCCUAAGCGACCUAUUGUUUUCUUUAUCACUCAGUAUUGAAAUGAAAAACACGGUAUGGUUCAACAACACAACCCAUUUUGGUAUACUAGGCUGCAAGAAGCACAGAGAAAUGUGUUCAAGGAGAGACGUAAAACUUUGUCAAAACUUCCACAGGGCAGGAGUACCUCGAAUUCAAUGAAAGAGAAACCAAAACUCGUUCAGGAAGCGAUCCACAGAAUGUAAGAGCCAUUGCACCGAACAUUUUUGCCAUGCCGAACAACCAGAAAUGUCCAGUAAAGGCCUACAAAGUCUACGCAAAAAACGACCCGCGGAAACGAAAACCGACGAUGCACCGUUUUACUUUGGCGGUAAAUAAUGUAAAAUCUUGAAACAACGACUUGCUGCCAAUUGAUAUAAUGCAACUGCCAGGACACAAAAACGUUCAAAGUAUCACUAGCUACUCUACUGUCUCACAGAAACAACAGUUGAACAUGUCUCACACUCUCACUGGAACGUUUGACUCGCCAUUUUUUAGUGAGCAAUGGAAUCAGAUGGCCGCUCGCAUUAAUACGAAAUUUAGAGGAAAGAGGAGGACUCUUAUUCACAGACUUCAGAAAACUAGUUUGUUUUUAAAACACAAAGAUGGCACGAUUAGUCUAUCAUUUCCCACAAAAAAAUUAUGGGUCGGUUAAUUAAACAGAGUUAGCUAUUGUUCAACAAAGCCGCGUUCUAAGUUAUCCUAAAUGUUGCUAAUCUUAGCAUAUAAACUUUACUAAUUAUGUAGAGUGUAAAUAAGGCAUAAAACGCGGACUAGAAAAUCAUUUAUCUGCCCAAAAUAAUGCAUGUACAAACAGGUUAGGUGACGACAGUCAAAGGAAUGAAGUUUGAUAAAUAGACUGUCAGUUAAUAAAAAAAAGUUUAUGAGAUAUUAAAUUGUUUUGUUCACUCCUUCAGAUAAAGGAAAAAAAGUGGCGUUCUCGUUGUGAGAGGGAAUCGAACUCCACAAAGCCUAUUAAGAGAGCGCAAGCGCUACCACUGCACCACACGCUUGCUUCUUUGCUUGAUUUAUCUCGUUGCUUUUAGCCCAUGCUCUUACAAAAUGCCUUGAAUCCACAGCAAGAAAGAAAAGAUUGCUAUUUCUUUUGUCUUUGCUCAGUAACCGGGCUUUAUGUCAUCCGCAAGCGGAGGAGCUUGUUCCAGCUUCUGACAGUUGUCCAUCAGCUGUUAUUUCCUCUCGUAAGACGAAGGAGGCAAGUGCAAUUAAAUUCGUUUUCACUCCUACUUUCAUAGUUUGUAGCCCAAUAUGUCCUGAUAAUUGUGGUGUAGUUUUUUUUUUUAAAUAUAUUUUAGUUUUCGAGAAAUGACUUUUCUCGUUCGAUCGCUCAAAUAUGCAAAUUUUCACCGUGAAUAUUACCCGAGUUGUGUGACCUCGUGUCAUGAAUUUACUUUACCUUCGGUAUUUCUGUCAACAUAAUCCUUUGUUUUAUCCUCAAAAAUUAAUCUUUUAUCAUUGCUGAAGCUGGAAAAGAAAUAUCUAUUUUUUGGUGAAUAAUUUUGUCCGACAUACUUUCACAUGUCAAAAAGUAGCUCAAAACAAAGACAGUUUUAACAAUGACCGACAUGACAGAAUCUACUUAGCUUAUAGCUUUUAAAAGACAAAAGGAUGGUUAUAAAGUUACUGUAAAUAUUUACUUGUACAUUUGUGUUGUUCCAUCUUGAGACGAACUCAAAGUCCGGCAAAAUUUACAUGCUAGCGACCAUGAAAUACACGUGGUGUGCGUACUGGUCGCCACCGUUUACUGUCAUAAAUUACUAAAGUAACUUUAUAACCGUCCUUUUGUCUUUUAAAAGCUUGAAGCUCAGUAGAUUCUGUUUUUUCUUCAUAACUCGACUGCAUAUUACAUUUACUAUUAUUAAUUUUUUUACUUUUUUGCUUUUGUUUUAAAUGGCUUGUUCAGGUAAUAAACUUAAAUUUAUUGAAAAAAAAUCGCCGAUGCAAAGUCAUUCACAACGAGAUUCAGAGAAACUUUUUGUUAUAAAAUUUUUGUUUGAGGCUACUUUCAUAUUCCAUUUUACAUCAUAUCUUACACUUUUCUGUUCAUAAAACUUUCUUUACAUUUAUGAACGCAAGAAUCCUCUCUCUAAAAACAAAGCAAUUUAUCUGGUUCAAUGCUGUAUACAUUUCUCAUCCCCUAAAUAUUCCAGCCACCCCUCAGAGACUUUAAAAUAUUCUACACCCAAAAGGCUUGGAAAAAGGACACAAUGGAAACAAACCUAAUUUAAGCGCUCGAAAUAAUGGAUAUCAGCACAGAGAAAAACCUUUUUCCCCAUUGCCUGGUUUUGUUUCCUAUCACAAAUCAUUAUCGGAAUUAUUCGUUUGUGACCCUCUACGGAUUUCAGGGAAUAAGGUGAACGCACACACACGGCACGUUAUAACACGCUCGCACGCCAAUAGCAUAACACACUUACCGUGCAGAUAUGCACCUAAAAAUAAUUGAUUCUGGACAGCGUGUCGGUAGCCAUUUUUCAUAUCUGGCCAGCGCGGUACAGCUUUGAAUCUAUAACUCGCUUGAUUUUUUUUUUUUUAACACGCUAAGUUCCUUUGUUUCCUUAACACGCUAGCUUAUCUUUUGCAACCCAGCUUAAUUUGUCACUUGUGUUUGUCAAGUAUGUUACUAACAGAAUAUAAGCGAAAAUGAAGAUCUCCUGUCCUAUUCGAAAGUUGCAAUAAAAAAGGAAACACUCACGACAAAUCACUUUCCCUCAGGAUUUUCAGGAGGAAUUCAGUGAGCACGACGUGUUUCACAAGGUCCACAGGAGCUCAGUUUGAACACAUGAAUUACUGUUUUAAAAGUUAAUCCUUACCGCGUAAAAUAUAAAUCCUUAUCACUUCACGCAGUUAAUAAGCCCUAUCAAUCCUAGCAACGGAUUACCGGCUUCAUGUCCCCUUAACGACACGGUCGCUGUUUGUCACUCUAUGCAAUUCGGCAAUUUUAAAAUAAAUAACCGCUAGUUAGCAGGCGCAAACCGAAGCUUUCCGAGCGAAGCCGCGUAUUAUUCAUUAUUACAUACAUACCGAGAUUUACGCGCCAAAAUUCAUCGAGAAAAAAAUAGUUUCUUCGCGCUAGAGACGCCAGCUGAUUGGUCAUACUAUUAUCAUUAUUUUCACUAAUGAAAAAAACCGUGUCGCUUGCUCGCCGCUCCUCUUGACCGACAAAUUGCACAUUUCUAAGAGCUUAGGCGCACUUUUUUUUUUUUUUUUUAAGAAAGAUGGCUUAAAAUCAAAUUAACAGUUUUCAGAGCCUAGAUUUAUCAGUAGAAGAGUUCAUAGACGGACAGAAAAUGAGAACACAAAGAAAAAGACUAAACAAUAUGUUACUCUGUUCCAUGAAUUUCUUGUUUUGAAAGGCAAGACGAGGCAAAUGAACGAAUGACCCCUCAAGCGCUGAACAAGUUUAGUUCCUUCUAACGGUUCGCAGUAAAGAAGACAACUAGGAAUACGAGCCUAAUUCCUUAAGGGCAUUUUUCGCUAGCUUUUAGCGCCAUUUGAAGAAAAAAAAAACUAUGGACUUUGCCUUAUGACGAAAAACACCCAAAAAAAAACCAAACAAAAAACACGACGUUGCUCUGUUCCAUGAAUUUCUUGUUUUGAAAGGCAAGACGAGACGAAUGGACGAAUGACCCCUCAAGCGCUGAACAAGUUUCUCAGCGAGUUCCUUAUAACGAUUCGCAGAAAAGAACACAACGAGGAAUACGAGCCUAAUUCCCUAAGGACUUUCUUCGCCAGUUUUCAGCGCCAUUCCAAGAAAAAUAUAGCAUGGAUUUUGCCUUAUGAAAAACGUCCAGUUCGAGCAAACUCGGAAAGCGCUUCAGUCAAGGCAAAGGGAUCUAAAACGGAAAGGUAUAGGCAACAAGCCUAGCCUAAUGCUUCUGCUUUAAGUGAGGAAGAUAUUCAAGUUCUGUUUGAAAAGGAUCUCUUGGGAAGUUCCACGGCAGAAGCGCUUUUAAACACGGUAUGACUCAACAACAUAAUCCAUUUUAAGUUACUAGGCUGCAAGGAGCAUAGACAAAUGUGUUCAAGGGGAGACGUAAAACUUUUUUCAAAACUUCCACAGGGCAGGAGUACCUCGAAUUCAAUGAAAGACAAACCAAAACUCGUUCAAGAAACAAUCCACGGAAUGUAAGAGCCAUUGCACCGAAAAUGUUUUCUGUGCCGAACAACCAGAAACGUCUAGUAAAAGCCUACAAAGUCUACGCAGAAAAGCGACCCGCGGAAAUGGAAACCAACGAUGCACCGUUUACUUUGACAGUACUCAAUGUAAAAUCUGGCAACAACGACGUACCGCCAACUGCUAUUAUGCAACUGUCAGGACACAAAAACGUUCAAAGUAUCACUCGGUACUAUACCGUCUCAGCAGCAGCAGCCCGUUUCUUUUUUUUUUCGGGUGCUGUUCUAAGCGGAGGACAUAUAGGUGUGGCAAUAAACACUUUAAAUCAAUCGCCCACACUUUCAGUGUGAGAGGAAAACCCUAGCAAAACUUACAAAAGAAUCAAACCUCUUGAUUCGGAUUCUUACUGGUGUUUGUCAAUUCAAGCAUGCAGGUCCUCAUAAGCAACAAAAAAUGAAGUCUCGGGUUUUUCGACAUAUUUUCAGGAUAUCUUAUUUCAUUCUUACUAGCUCUGCCUUUUAACGGCAUUUUUGCUCGAUAAUUUAAAUGUAAAGUAUUUUACAAGGAAGCCAAUUCAGUGCAACUCUCGAACUGUGAGGGCUUGACCGCGCGUUGUUUUCCUUUGAAAGAAAAUAAAGAUAUGUUUAUCUUUGAGUUCUGUUCGCUUAUAAAUCCAGGAACGUAUAUGAUAAAUAAGUUUUUUCACGGUUGGUUCACUUGUGCGAAUUUUAUUCACUCGUUGUGAAUAAAAAUCGUACGCGCUCACUAGCCGUGAAACAACUUACAAUUGUACGCUAAUCUUGGCAUCUUACGAGCUCUUCGUCUUUAGCACUGCGGUAUAUACCUUGCGCAACGCAAAUUUAACGUGAGGAUAAUUAAAAUUAACAUGGUCGAAGGUACUAACGAGUCUUUUUUAGCUCGCAAACUCAGCGAACUUAAAUUUUCAAACUCCUCUAGACCCUGUGCGUGUAUUCACUUGCUUUUGGUUUCCAUAGUUAGGUCAUUUACACUACAACAUGUUUACACGCGCAAAGGAACAAGCAAACGUUUCGUAGUCGUUCAUUAUCAAGUUUCAAAAUGCAAUUACUCAUUCUUACGAGAUGGUAAGGUGCAACACGUCGAAAACUAACGGUUUCCACCGGUUGGACAGCGGAAAAUUAGGCUUUCUUGUGCCCGUUUUACAAAAAAAGUUUGACUCGCCAUUUUUUAGUGAGCAAUGGAAUCAGAUAGCCGCUCGCAUUAAUUCAAAAUGUAGAGGAAAGAGAAGGACUCUUAUUCACAGACUUGAGAAAACUUGUUUUGAAAACACAAAGAUGGCACAAUUAGUCUAUCAUUUCACACAAAAAAUUAUGGGUCAGUAAAUUGAACAGAGGUAGCCAUUGUUCAACAAAACUGCCUAAGUUAUUUUAAAUGUGGCUAAUCUUAGCAUAUAAACUUUACUAAUUAUGGGGAGCCUAAAGAGGGCAUAAAACGGAGACUAGAAAAUCAUCUAUCUGCCCAGAAUAAUGCAUUAACAAACAGGUUGGGUGACGACAGUCAAAGAAAUAGGAAUAAAAGGAAUAAAGUUUGGUAAAUAGACUGUCAGUUAAUUAAAAAAAGUAUAUUAGAUAUUUAAUGAUUUUGUUCACUCCUUCAGUUUUUACAGUAACUUUAUAACCAUGCUUUUGUGUUUUAAAUCUGGAAGCUCAGUAGAUUCUGUCAUAUCGAUCAUUGUUAAAACUGUCUUUGUUUUGAUGCUACUUUUCGACAUGGGAAAAGUAUGUCGGACAAAAAUAUUCACCAAAACCUAAUUAAUUCUUUUCCAGCUUCAGUAAUGACAGAGGAUUAAGUUUAGAUGAUAAAACAAAGGAUUAUGUUGACAGAAAUACCGAAGGUCAAGUAAAUUCGUUACAUGAGGUCACACAACUCGGGUAAUAUUCAUAGUGAAAAUCUGGGUAUUUGAGCGGUCAAACUAAAAAAAUUAUUUCUCGAAAACUAAAACAUAUUUCCACAAAAAAACCUACACCACAAUCAUUAGGACAUAUUGGGCUACCAAACAUGAAAGUAGGAGUGAAAGCAAAUUUUGGGUGACCUGCCGCUGUUUGUCUGAUGCACGUUGACAUUAGCUCUUAAUUUUCUUUAAAUUGAGCUGCCGAGUUUAAGCACCGAAACAUUUGCAAACCAGAUGCGUUCCGAGGCUGUCGAUAGAAUAUUUGCGGCGAAAAAGAAAAAAAAAGGCCGACAUCGUUUUUUUUUUCCUUCACUGUUCUAGCAACGUUCGGACCAAAUCUCGCGGAUUCCGUUAAUUCUAUAUUUAAACGGCAGAGAGCUUUUUCUGUGUUUAUAUAUUUUCAUCUAAACACGAAGGGAGGCUGGGAGAAUUCAAGAAAGUUAUACAAACGUAAGACACAAUUAAGAGUUUGCAUAGCUUUAGAAAGUGUCAAAAAAAUUAUUGCCUAUUCAUGUUAUUAGUUUAUUUUCUGUAACGAACUUAUCCAAGAUUUAGAAUCAGGCGCGAGUGGACGAACUCCCUUCUCCUGGCAUGGAAGAUGUAACCCUCCAGUGGCUACCUAACCUUCCUCCCCGCCCCUUCCUUCCACCCUAAUUCUCGGAGGCUAAUUAGUUUUAGAACUAAUGGCCUGAGUGGAUCCAUCAUAAAUUUUGUCUGAUUGAUGACUAAAAUCCUAGCCUUAGCUAUUGAUAUUUUUUAAAACAAUAAUACACUUUGUGACUUUGGUGAAUAUGUUUGAUCCUUGAAUUGUUGUAACUGUUACAAUUAUCCUUGCAAGUCUUUCGUUUUCCCUGCUCAUCGUCCCUGUACAUUGCCCGCAUGAUUAAAAUUAGAGACAAUAGUCUUCACUGUUGACUUACAGACGUCUUAGCUUGAUAUUGUUCAUAAAUAUGUCUUUUGGUAAAUUCUCCAACUGGUUGAUGUCCAAGUACCUGUCAACAAAUGACGAUAGUUAGUGUUCAGGCGCAUUACUGAUAUAAACUUAUUAUCAUUAUCAUCAAUAUCUUCAAGUGACAAGAAAUGUUUUUGGUAAGAGCCCAUGUUGCUCAUAGUACAGCAAAGUAUUUAUAUUUUCAGGUAAAUCUGUCAACUCCAUUAUUUAGUUUCGCUUAUCAAGCGCAAAUGUCUUUUAAGACAUCCAUCCGCAAGUAACACAUUCGUCAAUCUAUUACUUUCCACAGGAAAGAUUUCAAUGUCGGCAUGGGAAACAACAUGAUAUUCGAGUUUCUUAAAUGGGUUUUUCCUUACCAUUAUAAAAUGAAGGGAAAACACAAACAAUAGUUUAUGCAAAGAGCAUUUGAAAUAGCUUAGACAAUUUUCGUAAUUUUGCCCUUUUUGUGAUUGAACUCGAAAAUGUCAAUCACAAGUUCCCUGUGAUGUAUGUAGCGAAAUAUUUUUCCUGAACCGAGCGAUCUGAUAAAAUUUCCUUGUUCCAGUGUUGGUUCAGCCUUAUCAAAAGCGAUAGUCCAUAAAAAAGAAGCCAGAUCGAAAAGCUGCGGACAGACAGGCCCACUGAUUUGGCUCAAAUUUUGCAUGCAAAAUGGGUUAAGGAUUUUGAUCAUGAAAGAGAUAUUUUUUAGGGUUGAAAUCUAUUUUUGUAAAAAAGGAAGGCUCAAGGCCAUUUGGAGACCCUCAUGAACAUGGAAACGAGGCUGGUUAAGAGAAACUUUUCAAUGCCUGGGCUUCCUUUGCUUUCUCAUUUUUGUGUCUUUUUAUUAUUAUCAUUAUUAUUUCUAUCAUAAAACAAGUGUGCAAUUCUUCCUCUUUGGUUUGAAUAUUAAAUUUCGUAGGAAAAAAAAAAAAAAAAGAAAGUGUUUGAGCGCGCUAUUAAAUUUACUCAGUUUUAGGUGUUUUUAUAUUCCUGAAAAAUAUCGUAAGUUCAGAAGCUUGUAGUGCUGUACAUAUGACGAGUUAGAACAAUUUGUAAGUUUCUAAAACAACAGCUGUUAGAGAUUAUUCGCUACAGUGAGUUCAGAGCAGGGCAACUUCAAUGCACUGCCAUAUCUCCCAGUAGAAUAUGCCGAUAAGGUUUCUGGAGAUUUAAGUCGCAGUGGACCGGUGCAUUUCGGUUGAAAAAAAUUGAUCUCUUUCAAACUAUUCCCAUGAAUCAGUCUUAGUCUGAAAGUAUACUAAGCAACCUUGAUUUCCCGAAAUAAUGACAAAUAAAUUUUUCCCGUGGGAAAAUCGGUUCUGCGCUUGAAGGCCUAUUUUUGAUAGUAUUAACCAUCAUAAAUGGCUCGUUUUUUCACGAAAUGUUUGUUUGAAGAACUUUUUCGCUUCGCAUAUUUAGAUCGAUCAUUUAUAAGAACAAUGGUUUUUGACACUGAAAAUUAUUUUUUCGCUUAACACCUAUUUGCCUCUGCUGCCAUGACCGUAAACGUGCAACUUUCAAUCUCGCCUCUGCUUAAAAGUCCAACUUGUUCCCGAUGACAUUUUUAUUCAGAAUAACUAAAAUAAGAGAGAGGAGUAAGUAAAUUCAAAAAUAUUUUGUGAUUUCGGUUUAAUUUUUUUAGCAGAGCGGGCUCAUUUUAGAAAAUUACAAACAACACCUUACAAAGAGCGGACUUAACUAUAUAUCUAAUUUACUUAUUGUUGACGCCUGUGUUGAGCACUUUGAAGCUUCUUUAUGCUUGUUGAUGCCAUAAAACAGCAUUUAGAAGAGAAAAUUCUCAAUCCCAUCCGCCGAAAGUUGACUCUUCGUCCUAAGCGACCUAUUGUUUUCUUCAUCACUCAGUAUUGAAAUGAAAAAUGCAGGAAAUGACACUUUCGAGACCCUAGAUUUAAAAUCUUCUGUAGGGGCAUGCUCCUAGAUUCAUUACUUUGGAUGGCCUUCGGCGCUCAGUGUUAUCUUCUUGUGCGUUCACCUUAAAAAUCUCACGCUACACCUAAAGGAUGUCAACUUCUCGAAGAAAUCGGAAUAAAUUUACAAUUAGAUGAAAAAUGACGUACAAUAAUACCCACCAGCGCUACGCUCAAAAACACAAACGUAUUAACAAUUCAUUAGCGGAGUGACGGUGGCGCCGUAAUUCGUAAUUUCAUUUAUCGCUACAUACGUGCAUUGGAUGAGGCCACAAAGUUAGUUGGAUGUGAUAUAUAUUACUACGACCCUUAUAAAGCCACUAUCACACUGACAACGACGCAUUUUUUAAGAAAGAUGGCUUCAAAUCAGACUAACCGUUUUCAGAGGCUAUUUAUCAGUAGAGGAGUUCAUAGACGGACAGGAAAAUGAAAACACCAAGAAAAAGACUAAACAAUUUGUUGCUCUGUUCUAUGAAUUUCUUGCUUUGAAAGGGGAGAUGAGGCAAAUGAACCAAUGACUCCUCCAGCGCUGAACAAGUUUGUCAACGAGUUCCUUAUAACGGUCCGCAAAAAAGAAGACAACUAGGAAUACGAGCCUAAUUCCUUAACGGCAUUUUUCGCUGCCUUUCAGCGCCAUUCGAAGAAAAAUCAACUAUGGACUUUGCCUUAUGAAAAACGUCCAGUUCGAGCAAACUCGGAAAGCGCUUCAGUCAAAGCAAAGGGAUCUAAAACGGAAAGGCAUGAGCAACAAGCCUAAUGCUUCUGCUACUUUAAGUGAGGAAAAUGUUCAAGUUCUGUUUGAAAAGGAUCUCUUGGGAAGUUCCACGGCAGAAGCGCUUUUAAACACGGUAUGGUUCAACAACACAAUCCAUUUUGGUAUACUAGGUUGCAAGAGGCAUAGAGAAAUGUGUUCAAGGGGAGACGUAAAACUUUGUCAAAACUUCCACAGGGCAGGAGUACCUCGAAUUCAAUGAAAGAGAAACCAAAACUCGUUCAGGAAACGAUCCACGGAAUGUAAAAGCCAUUGCACCGAAAACUUUUGCCAUGCCGAACAACCAGAAAUGUCCAGUAAAGGCCUACAAAGUCUACGCAGAAAGCGACCCGCGGAAAUGAAAACCGACGAUGCACCGUUUCACUUUGGCAGUAAAUAAUGUAAAAUCUGGAAACAACGACUUGCUGCCAAUUGAUAUUAUGCAACUGUCAGGACACAAAAACGUUCAAAGUAUCACUAGCUACUCUACUGUCUCACAGAAACAACAGUUGAACAUGUCUCACACUCUCACUGGAAAGUUUGACUCGCCAUUUUUUAGUCAGCAAUGGAAUCAGAUGGCCGCUCGCAUUAAUACGAAAUUUAGAGGAAAGGACUCUUAUUCGCAGACUUGAGAACACUUGUUUUGAAAACACAAAGAUGGCACGAUUAGUCUAUCAUUUCCCACAAAAAAUGAUGGGUCAGUUAAUUAAACAGAGUUAGCUAUGGUUCAACAAAGUCGCGUUCUAAGUUAUUCUAAAUGUGGCUAAUCUUAGCAUAUAAACUUUACUAAUUAUGUAGAGCGUAAAUAAGGCAUAAAACGCGGACUAGAAAAUCAUUUAUCUGCCCAAAAUAAUGCAUUUACUAACAGGUUAGGUGACGACAGUCAAAGGAAUGAAGUUUGAUAAAUUGACUGUCAGUUAAUAAAAAAAAGUUUAUUAGAUAUCUAAUUGUUUUGUUCACUCCUUCAGAUAAAGGAAAAAAAGUGGCGUUCUCGUUGUGAGAGGGAAUCGAACCCCACAAAGCCUAUUAAGAGAGCGCAAGCGCUACCACUGCACCACACGCUUGCUUCUUUGCUUGAUUUAUCUCGUUGCUUUUAGCCCAUGCUCCUACAAAAUGCCUUGAAUCCACAGCAGGAAAUAAAAGAUUGCUAUUUCUUUUGUCUUUGCUCAAUAAACCGGGCUUUAUAUCAUCUGCAAGCGGAGGAGCUUGUUCCAGCUUCUGACAGUUUUUCAUCAACUGUUAUUUCCUCUCGUGAGACGGAGGCAAGUACAAUUAAAUUCGUUUUCACUCUUACUUUCAUAGUUUGUAGCCCAAUAUGUCCUGAUAAUUGUGGUGCAGUUUUCUUGUGAAAAUAUAUUUUAGUUUUCGAGAAAUGACUUUUUCUCGUUCGACCGCUCAAAUAUGCAAAUUUUCACCGUGAAUAUUACCCGAGUUGUGUGACCUCGUGUCAUGAAUUUACUUUACCUUCGGUAUUUCUGUCGACAUAAUCCUUUGUUUUAUCCUCAAAAAUUAAUCCUCUAUCAUUGCUGAAGCUGGCAAAGAAAUAUCAAUUUUUUGGUGAAUAAUUUUGUCCGACAUACUUUCACAUGUCAAAAAGUAGCUCAAAACAAAGACAGUUUUAACAAUGACCGACAUGACAGAAUCUACUGAGCUUCUAGCUUUUAAAAGACAAAAGGAUGGUUAUAAAGUUACUGUAAAUAUUUACUUGUACAUUUGUGUUGUUCCAUCUUGAGACGAACUCAAAGUCCGGCAAAAUUUACAUGCUAGCGACUAUGAAAUACACGUGCUGUGCGUACUGGUCGCCACCGUUUAUUGUCAUAAAUUACUAAAGUAACUUUAUAACCGUCCUUUUGUCUUUUAAAAGCUUGAAGCUCAGUAGAUUCUGUUUUUUCUUCAUAACUCGACUGCAUAUUACAUUUACUAUUAUUAUUUUUUUACUUUUUUGCUUUUGUUUUAAAUGGCUUGUUCAGGUAAUAAACUUAAAUUUAUUGAAAAAAAAUCGCCGAUGCAAAGUCAUUCACAACGAGAUUCAGAGAAAGUUUUUGUUACAACAUUUUUUUUUUUUUUAACACGCUAAGUUCCUUUUUUUCCUUAACACGCUAGCUUAUCUUUUACAACCCAGCUUAAUUUGUCACUUGUGUUUGUCAAGUGUGUUACUAACAGAAUAUAAGCGAAAAUGAAGAUCUCCUGUCCUAUUCGAAAGUUUUAAUAAAAAAGGAAACACUCACGACAAAUCACUUUCCCUCACGAUUUUCAGGAGGAAUUCAGUGAGCACGACGUGUUUCACAAGGUCCAGAGGAGCUCAGUUUGAACUCAUGAAUUACUGUUUUAAAAGUUAAUCCUUACCGCGUAAAAUAUAAAUCCUUAUCGCUUCACGCAGUUAAUAAGCCCUAUCAAUCCUAGCAACGGAUUACCGGCUCCAUGGCCCCUUAACGACACGGUCGCUGUUUGUCACUCCAUGGAAGUCGGCAAUUUUAAAAUAAAUAACCACUAGUUAGCCAGCGCAAAACGAAGCUCUUCGAACGAAGCCGCGUAUCAUUCAUCAUUAUAUACAUACUGAGAUUUACGCGACAAAAUUCAUCGAGACAAAAAUAGUUUCUUCGCGCUAGAGACGCCAGCUGAUUGGUCAUACGAUUAUCAUUAUUUUCACUAAUGAAAAAAACCGUGUCGCUUGCUCGCCGCUCCUCUUGACCGACAAACAGCACAUUUCUAAGAGCUUAGGCGCAUUUUUUUUUUUUAAGAAAGAUGGCUUCAAAUCAGACUAAUCGUUUUCAGAGCCUAGAUUUAUCAGAAGAAGAGUUCAUAGACGGACAGAAAAUGAGAACACUAAGAAAAAGGCUAAACAAUAUGUUGCACUGUUCCAUGAAUUUCUUGCUUUGAAAGGCAAGACGAGGCAAAUGAACGAAUGACCCCUCAGGCGCUGAACAAGUUUAGUUCCUUCUAACGGUUCGCAAAAAAGAAGACAACUAGGAAUACGAGCGUUAUUCCUUAAGGGCAUUUUUUAGCUCCAUUUGAAGACAAAAAAAAUGUAUGGACUUUGCCUUAUGAAAGACGAAAAACACCAAAACAAAAAACACGAUGUUGCUCUCUUCCAUGAAUUUCUUGUUUUGACAGGCGAGACGAGACGAAUGAACGAAUGACUCCUCAAGCGCUGAAGAAGUUUCUCAGGAGUUCCUUAUAACGGUUCACAAAAAAGGACACAACGAGGAAUACGAGUCUAAUUCCCUAAGGAAUUUCUUUGCCAGUUUUCAGCGCCAUUCGAAAAAAUAUACUAUGGACUUUGUCUUAUGAAAAACGUCCAGUUCGAGCAAACUCGGAAAGCGCUUCAGUCAAAGCAAAGGGAUCUAAAACGGAAAGGAAUAGGCAACAAGCCUAAUGCUUCUGCUGCUUUAAGUGAGGAAGAUAUUCAAGUUCUGUUUGAAAAGGAUCUCUUAGGAAGUUUCACGGCAGAAGCACUUUUAAACACAGUAUGGUUCGACAACAUAAUCUAUUUCGGGUUACUAGGCCGCAAGGAGCACAGAGAAAUGUGUUGGGGAGACGUUAAACUUUGUGAAAACUUCCACAGGGCAGGAGUACCUCGAAAUCAAUGAAAGACAAACCAAAACUCGUUCAAGAAACGAUCCACGGAAUGUAAUAGCCAUUGCACCGAAAAUGUUUGCUGUGCCGAACAACCAGAAGUGUCCAGUAAAAGCCUACAAAGCCUACGCAGAAAAGCGAGCCGCGGAAAUGGGAACCAACGAUGCACCGUUUACUUUGACAUUACUCAAUGUAAAAUCUGGCAACAACGACGUACCGCCAACUGAUAUUAUGCAACUGUCAGGUCACAAAAACGUUCAAAGUGUCACUCGGUACUCUAACGUCUCACAGAAACAACAAUUGAAUAUGAGUCACACUCUCACUGGAACGAGUUCGAGAGAAAUAGCUCCCCAGUCUGGCUCUUCUAUUCCGGAGAAAAGAAAGCACGAG